GGCUGACACAUUCACUGGGAACACCAUAUACAAUCAUCGAGACAUUUUAAGCCAAAAACGCCCGCCUUCUUGGUAUACUUAUCAUUUAGUGACGUUUCUUUCUAGUGUGUGUGGCUCAAAGGAAGUGAAAACAUCACACCGGAAGUAGUAUCGGUGAUAAAUUUAGAUGACAUCAUAGAAAACGUUGGUGAUUUGUUCCUAAGUUUAAGUUUCCUAUUGAAUCGGGAAUAAAACAUCAAUAGGAGAUUAAAUAUUUCCACUUUCCUGUGUACCUACUUAGUCGUCUCUGCUGGGUGAUAUAGAGGAAGACGCUCACGUUAUAGAAAAGUGUAAGAAAUGAUUAAGUUAUCAAAUUCUGUCACACCUCUAAGUGUACGGAACCACUAUUUCCUGUCAUGGGCAUCCGAUCCGGAAUAGGGAUGUUUGGUUUCUAAGUUCUCAAACUCAACACUUCAUAUAGCUACAGGGAACCUCUGGAGCCAGCGAAGUACUGCAAUUAACAUAUUAAAACAAGAAAUACAGAACACAAAGGAAAUGAUCAAACAACCAAUGCCGAUUCUUCAAGUUUUCGUUUUAUUUUCGACGGUUUCCAUUAUUUUCUCUUGGCGUAUGUUUUAUCCUCCUGUAAUCGUGAAGUAUGGAAGUAUGAAACUGGAUCCUAAAAGAUUUUUACCAUGCGCAAAGGAAUGUCUCGUUACCUCGUGGUGUUCAUGUUUCAGUAAUGCCUACGUAGAAACUAACGGACAUCUACACUGUCAUUUAUACAAGGACCAGCAGCCUUCCGAGGGAGAGAACUUUUUUUCAAUUGUCAGUUUGGACGCCACAAAAAUGUCAGAAAAUUUGGCGGGAAAUAAGCCAGUUAAGCAAAGCUCGAAUUACCACAUUUUUAAGCCAGAAUAUGCCGUUGAUGGAGAUAGAAUAUGUUCUUCCCCAAAUUUCACACAUACCAGAUUUGAAGACAAAUACCCAUGGUUACAAGUGGACCUUGGUAAGGAACAUACAGUUCAGUCAGUGACUAUAUGGAACCGUCAAGAUUGUUGCCGGUUUAGACUACACGAUUUCGAGAUUCGAGUUGGUAACAACAAGAUUACUGAUGACUAUGUCACGAAGGUUUUUGACCUAAACGGAUUAUGUGGCCGUCACGUUGGUGGUGGAAUACAAACUGAUCCCUGUACAAUGACAUGUGAGCCGUGUUCCUUGACCGGUCGGUACGUCACGAUACAGAUCACGAGUUUCUGCUCCGAUUGUCCAGAGCCUAAUAUUAACGUUCUUCACGUUUGUGAGGUGGAGGUUUACGGAUUUGAGGCGUAAUCUCCAAGAUAGAACAUUUUUGAUUAUGUAACUCAUAUGAAUUCGGUGUUUAAAAUGUGAUUUUCUAGUAUCUUAUAAAUUUCAUCUUAUAAAAACAUUAUAGAGUAAAAUAUUACUUUUAGGAAAAUAAG